AUGGGAGACUGGAAUUUCCUUGGAGGCAUUUUAGAGGAGGUCCACAUUCAUUCCACUAUUAUUGGAAAGAUUUGGCUAACGAUCCUCUUCGUAUUUCGAAUGCUUGUCCUUGGGGUGGCGACUGAGGAUGUUUGGAAUGAUGAACAAUCAGAAUUUAUAUGCAAUACUGAGCAACCUGGUUGCAGAAACGUGUGCUAUGACGAAGCUUUUCCUAUCUCUCUCAUAAGAUACUGGGUCUUGCAAGUUAUAUUUGUGUCUUCCCCUUCCUUGGUGUAUAUGGGUCAUGCCUUAUAUAGACUAAGAGCCUUGGAAAAAGAGAGGCAAAAAAAGAAAGCUCAGGUAAGAGUGGAACUCGAAAACACUGAAUUAGAAAUGACUGAAAAUCGGAAAAGGCUGGAGAGAGAACUUCGGCAACUCGAUCAAAGAAAGCUAAACAAAGCACCCCUGAGAGGCUCUUUGCUUUGCACUUACGUGAUACAUAUUUUCACAAGAUCUGCACUGGAAGUCAGUUUUAUGAUUGGGCAGUAUCUUCUUUAUGGCUUUCAUCUAGAUCCCCUUUAUAAAUGUCAGAGAGAUCCAUGUCCAAACACAGUUGACUGCUUUGUGUCUAGACCAACAGAAAAGACGGUGUUUAUAUUAUUCAUGCAAUCAAUAGCGACUGUGUCAUUGCUUUUAAAUAUCCUAGAAAUAAUCCACCUAGGAUUCCGAAAAAUUAAAAUAGGACUCUGUGGGGAGAAUAAAAACAGGGAUGACCCUGACAAUUUCUAUAUAAACAAAUCUAAGAAAUACUCUGUGAUACCACAGUCUUCUUUGGGAAUAUCCACCACCCCUCAAAAAACUCUUCCUUCUGCACUUGGCGGUUAUACAUUUUUAAUGGAAAAGCAAACUGACACUGUGGUCUACCCAGUUCUAAAUUCUCCUCCCAUGUUUCAGCCGGUGCAAAACAACCAUACAGAAAGCAGUGGCAAUUCCACCCAUUGCAAUCAGGAAAAUAAAUCACCAAAGAGGCCAGCUACAAAUGCUUUAGACAAUCAGACUCAAAAUACUAGCACAAAUAAUAAUGAAGACUUCCUUGGCGAGCUUGGGACUGCAGCACGUGAUGCUCAAAAAGAAGAUGAAAAGAAAUGUUUCCUUCUUGGCACUCAGAAUGCAGAGACAGCUUCGAGCACGUGCUUGAGAAGCUUUGCUGAAAUGCCAUCUCAAACUUUGCUGCAACCUGAUACAACUUUUCCUGUUACUGGUUUCAGAAGACAACAUGGAAUCAGUUCAUCUUGGAACUGCUCAGCAAUGGUUGAGAGUGCAGGAACUUCAACAAAUUCACUUCCAAAGAACAGCAACGGAAGACAAAGCAGUUGCAGUGCAAACAAAACCCAACCUCCUUCCAGUGCUGAUGUAAAAAAUUCUAGCCGACCAGACACUCCUGACUCUACAGGGGAGGCGAGCUCAGAAUCUAAACAAAGUAGAAACUGCGAUAGUCCUAAGCCUUUCUCUCUGUCUAGGCGACUGUCCCUGUCAAGUAAUGCCAGCGGCAGGCGUGCCCCAACUGAUCUUCAAAUAUAG